UUUGUGUGUUGUAGCUUCAGUACGGUAGCAUUCACAUGGCAAGACGCGCCUUAUCCAUCCGUGUGCAUCGAUUGUUUGCAUCACACAUUGUCAGGCGAAGGAUGACUGUCUUUCCCUUGCAGUGUGCAAAAUGCGCUGGGGCUCUUGAUCAACUCCCUGCCCCAAACUGUGACCGCCUCGAACGUGUCCCUUGGUUUCGCCGUUUCGCCAGAAACCGGGUUGAGUUGCGGCUCGAACUUCAGGACGAGAUGGGAGUAGAGGAAAUCGCCUUUCUUGUCCUCGUGCCGGGCUGCAAAGCCCCCCCCCGAGGACCUAUGAGAGACCGACAGACUCUGCCUGCCGUUGCGCUAUGAGUUAACGUAUUUUCACCUUGACGCGGUAGAAGUCCUGUUUGUCUUCUGAUGACAAAAAAGGACUCGAGUCGGCAGUGGGGCGGCGCCUUGCAGGACUGGUCCACCAACCGUCCACCAACCCACGAGUCCAUCGUCUUGGGAACCAGGCAGGUGAAGUCGUCGAGUGUGUAGGGAGUUCGAUUGCGCUUCCAAUGGAUGCGAGACGCGGCUGGGCACUGGAGUGUCCAGUCGACACUGUCCGUGUAUGUCCCGUAUUCAGCCGGAUCCCAAUGGUAGGUGUAGAUGCAGAGCUCCCCGUUCUUGAUGCUCUGCCAGAGCACCCGCAGAGACAAUCAUUCCUUGAGCUGAGAGGAGUUUUCAUUUUCUUCUGGUACAGAAUACCUCGAGGAGGCUUCUCUUGAUGAAUUUCUGCCAAUUCUCCUUCAUUGUGGCGGUGCUGUUCCUGCUGGAGAGCUGGCGGCCUGCAGAAAUGAACGAGACGCAGCACGUAACGGUCGAGGCUCUCUGUCGGUUGCCUUUGGUCUUUGCUCUACUAGCUACCUUGAGCCACGACGGUGAUGGCGGCGAAGGCGCAGAAUGUCAGCUUCAUGGUUAAGGCGAUACGGGGGAAGGGGUGGAGACCACUGCAUGAAGUGCUGAGACGGGGGGGGCCACCCCCCAGUCUCAU